GUGGAACUCAAAGUAUUGAGAUGUUCAGCUGCAUGUUGGAGGCUCUUUGAGCAGCACCGGGUGAUUCUAACUGGACACGUCGCAGCAAAAGAGAUCGCAAAACAAGCAUCAGGACAGAACUCUGAUGAUGAUGAAGAGCGCCCUCUCAGGACCCUUCCUCCUCCUCCUCCUCCUCCUGCUCCUCCUCAGCAGUACUGUGUCUGGACUUGGAUCAGUGGUGUCGAAAUAUUACAAUUACAUCCAAACUCAUCUCACCUGGCAACAGGCUCAAAGCUACUGCAGGGACUCAACUUACUACAUUGACUUGGCCAUCAUCUAUAGGCAGUCAGAUGAAGACCUUAUGUACAUGAAGACAUAUAGUGCAUGGACCGGCCUGCACAAAGAGCCAUCCAACCGUUGGAUUUGGUCUAAUGAAGAAAUUUUUUCAUGGAACCACUGGGCACAAAACGAGCCAAACAACGGCGGAAGAUGUGCUAUCGUCUAUUCCAGCAAUCAAAGGUUUUAUGACCGCAAUUGUGGAGACUUCCUCUUCUUCUUCUGUCACAAGAAAUACGGUCCCAGCUCUUUAAGAUACACAUUUAUACCGCAGUCAAAGUCUUGGCUUGAAGCCCAGCAGUACUGCAGGGAAGUGUUCCAUGAUCUGGCAACUUUCAGAACUGACUCCGAUCUGAACUUAGGUGUCGUUGAGCAGGACUUUCCAGUGUGGACUGGACUGCACAGAGAUGGGGGAACAUGGAGGUGGAGCACAGGGUUGUCAGAGUACAGAAAUUGGGCAUCGAGUGAGCCAGGGAACAACGGCGACUGUGUCUCCAUCUCCUCUUCAGACAAAGAGAUGGCUACCCAAAACUGCACCGCCAGGUUUCCCUUUGUCUGCUUCAGGGAUAACCUGGUGCUGGUAAAGGAGAACAAGACAUGGAGGGAGGCGCUGGAGCACUGCCGAGCCCUCAGUUCACCCUAUUCCUCCAACCUUCGCUACGAGCUGUUGAGCGUGCAGCCUGGAGAAGACCACGAGUACGUGCUGAACAGGGUCAUGGAGGCCGACACUGAGGAGGUGUGGGCAGGCCUCCGUUUCCUGGCCGGUCAUUGGCUGUGGGUGAACGGGGCGAGUAUGUUGUACUCCGACCUGCCCCUCUGCCCACUCUUCACGCAGCACUGCGGAGUCUUAUCCAAGAACAACACGGGCAGUGUGGAGAUCACAGACUGUUCUGAGAAAAGGAACUUCCUGUGUUACAGCACAUACUGACAACACCACCAUCAUCUGCAUCAGAAGGGUCACUGCCAGAAGUUCAACAAGCGUGUAGGGUUUGAAAACAUUGAUGAAAAAUGUAUCUUAGGAUAGAGUAACUUUGCAAAUGUUUGAUCAAACUUUAUGAUAAACUUUCUGAAAUGUUAUCUGUAAACUUUGACAAAUCUUCUAACUCAGCUCUUUAUGUAACGAGUGUGUCUCUCAUAGAAUUAGUCUUGUAUCGGAUCAGUAAAAUAUGGAGUGCAAAUGUAGUAGGUAGUAGGUAAUAGGUUUUACGUAGCUGAUUAUUCUUCAGUAAAUAUUAGUGUAGCGCAGACCAAAGGUUGUCCAUGUAUAUGCGCAGCCCCAACUGCAGAGAGGGUCUCAUGUUAAAGAGAUAGUUCCCCCAAAUAGAAAUAUUAUUAUGAAAAAUGCUUUUUACAUAAAAAAAAGGUCAAUUAGAACAUUUUAAAUGGUACCUUGUAGAUUAUGUGACAUUUGGCCUCAUUCUUCCUUCUAUCUUCCUAAAUUUGUUCUCAAAUUAGUUCCAAAACAGUUCCCUAGAAAGGUUGACGUCAAAUUCAUUACGUGUUCUAAAACCGCAGAACUGUUGGUACCUGUUGUCUUAUAAUGAGGAAUCCCAUAGAUUGAAAUUGAAGUGCCAGCCAGUUCAUCCUAAUAAGCAGGAAAUCCACAUAAAGGGGUAUGAAACUUCAGGGCUGUGUGCACACACAGAACUUUAAAAGAAAAGUGAGAGAAUAAAGUCAAGAAAACCUCAAUAGUUCUGAGGUGGAGGUUCUUCUGUGUUUAUUUAUUUUAACAGAUCAUAAUGCUUUGUGAAAUAUACUGUAAUGAAAAUGAUAAUGAAAUAUUAUUGUAUUAUAUUAUACAACUGCAGAAUUGAAGAAAAGUCAUUAACCAAUUAUUUGUGCAUACGUGUGUUCUUGAGUGUUUAGAUUCUGUUCUUACCUAAAAACAAAUCCCAAAAUAAAAACAUUGGUGAAUGUCAGGACCUCUGUGAAAACUGUGUGAAAG